AUGGGCGGGACACAGGUGGCACAAAAGUUACUGCAGGCUGCACAUGUAGCUCCGGAAAUCUUCCAGUUGCGCCCAGAUUAUCGCGCCCUCUUGAUGGUGGUAGAGGGUAUUCCUCCAGGCCCAAGUGAUGAUUUUAGCGAGGCCCUCUUGAGGGAGGCUGAAAAUUCCGUCAAGGACAAGCUCUCCAAUUGCCCUGUUACCGAACUUCCACACAUCGCUGCAUGGCGCGAAGCCUACAAAGCCUUUGGAGCAAAGCCACAAAAAACCCGCAACAGCCUCGAGGCUCUGACCCGUCGCGCGCAGGAUGGCUUGCCGCGAGUCAACCGGCUCACCGACAUCUACAAUGCUAUCUCCGUCAAGUAUCAGAUCCCAUUUGGAGGCGAGGACCUCGACAAAUACGAUGGAUCGCCUUUCCUAGUCCGCGCCACGGGUACUGAGAAGUUCGAAACUUUUUCUGGCGGGGAGCCUCAAACGGAACUUGCAUCUCCAGGGGAGCCUGUUUGGUGUGACAAUAGUGGCAUUACUUGCCGUCGGUGGAAUUGGAGACAGGGCCCGCGGACCGCCUUGACCGAUGAUACCUCGCGCGUUUUAUUCAUCCUAGAUGCACUAGAGCCGCUGACCGACGAUGUUCUGGCUCAAGCUGCCGACGAGCUCGAUUCGGCUUUGAAACGUCUAUCGCCUGAGGUGCAAACAGCGCGCCGAGUUAUUGGCCCUUCGGCUUGA